AUGACGGUCAACCAUUCGUUCCAGACCGUCUUCGCCGUCCCCCUGUCGUGUGAGAGCUGUGUCAAGGACGUUUCAGGAGCCCUCUACAAGCUCGGCGGCGUAUCCAAGGUUGAGGCGAAUCUCGAGGAUCAACUGAUUUCUGUCCAUGGCUCUGCUGCCCCGUCGUCUAUUGUUAAGGCUAUUCAGGACACCGGACGGGAUGCUAUUCUACGCGGAUCGGGGGGCUCCAACAGCGCCGCUGUGAGCAUCCUCGAGACCUUUGUGGAUAAGCGGCAGACCAAGGAUGAGGGGACGGACCGAGAAGUGCGCGGUCUAGCGCGCAUGGUGGAAGUCGGAUCGGGUCACACGCUCGUCGACCUGACCGUCCGCGGAGUAUCACCGGGGACGUACCGGGCCACGAUCCGCGAGUACGGAGACCUGAAGGACGGCGCAGAGUCUGCCGGACCCGUCUGGCAAGGCGGUAGCAGCAGUGACGCUCCGAGGGGAAAUCUGGGUACCGUCGUAGUCGGUCAGGACGGCCGUGGCUCGGCAUUCGUCGGGCAUCCCUUCCAUAUCUGGGAGACGAUAGGACACGCCAUGGUCCUCACCAAGCAGGAGGACGGCGUCGGGGAGCUAAAGAACGACGAGGAUACCGUGGUGGGUGUCAUUGCGCGCAGUGCGGGCGUCUGGGACAACGACAAGACCGUCUGCUCUUGCACAGGUAAGACGCUCUGGGAGGAGAGGAAGGAUGAGGUGGCCAAGGGGAUGCUGUGA